CCUGAUAGUAACCAUGCAGAAAAUAGCUCUAACAAGAACUGCUGAUGUACGGCUCUUCCUUAAGAGGAAAUAAUGGCCUCUCAAAUAGCAAUGGUGUUGCUAUCACUGGACAGUGAAGAAGUCGGCUCACUCAAAGAGGGAGUCAAUUUAAAGAAAAACCCAGAGGACGGUAAAUGCUACAUCAUAUACAAGAGCAACACUGGCCUUAAAGCGUGCAAGAACCAAUGCAAACACCAAGGAGGGUUAUUCAUCAAAGACAUCGAAGAUCUGGAUGGCAGGACUGUUAAAUGCACUAAACACAACUGGAAGUUAAAUGUGUCAACAAUGAAAUAUGUGAAUCCACCAGACAGCUUUCUGCAGGAUGAGCUAGAAGUAGAGAUCUUGGAUGAUGGGGGGCUUCAGUUGGUCGAGUUGAACCCCAUGGACCCCUGGCUCGCUGACCCUCGAGAGCCUCUGGAGCUCCAGGAAGGAGAAGUGAAAGUAUGUAUCCAGCUGUUCUCACAUUACCCCACACUGAAAGUCUUGUCAGAGAGGAGGCCAGAUGUCCCCAUUUAUGUUGGUGACACAGUGAGACCUGUCUUUUGGUAUUUGGAGCAAAGCCGAGUCAAGCUGACCAACAUCAACAUUGUUCCUUUUGGUGUCUGGCAAGAUAUUGACGAACACCUGAGAUUCAUGAUCCUGAUGGAUGGUGUACAUCCUGAAAUGGACACCUGCAUCAUUGUUGAAUAUAAAGGUCACAUGAUCCUGAACACUGUGGACUGCACCAGACCAAACGGGGGCAAGCUGCCUCUGAAUGUGGACUUAAUGUUGAGUGACUUUGCUGGGGGUGCAUCUGGAUUCCCCAUGACCUUUUAUGGAGGGAAAUACAGUGAUUCCUGGAAGGCAGAGUUUGUCAAGAAUGAAAGGAAGAAGCUGCUGAAUUACAAAGCUCAGCUGGUGAAGUCCCUGAAGCCGAGGAUCUACUGCCCAUUCGCUGGCUAUUUUGUGGAGGCUCAUCCAUCAGACAGAUACAUUAAGGAUACAAAUACUAAAAACAGUGCAGAGGACCUCAAUGCGCUCAUCAAUAAGCAUGCACCAGACAUCAAGACAUGGACGCCAAAGCCAGGCGCUGUGCUGGACCUCGGCCUCGCUCUGAGAGACCCCACUAACAGUGAAGCCAUCACCAAUCCCCCAGCCAGUGCAAAAAUCUACAAGGACAGCUGGGAUUUCGACUUGUAUGUGGAUGAACUGAACAGCGCCAUCACCUCUGAGAUAUUUAAACAUCGAAGCUGGAUCCAGUUUUAUUACACCUGGGCAGGCUUUCAAAACUACAACCUUGUUGUGCGGGUGAUUGAGACAGAUGACGACUUUGAACCCCUUACUGAUGGCUACGACUACUUGGUGGACUUUAUGGAUCUGUCAUUCCCCAGCAAGAGGCCUGACAGAGAGCACUGCUACGUAGAGGUGAGACAUUGUGAAGCACCAGGCAAACAACUCUCAGCAGCAUAA